AUGAUUGUCCGGAGAUUUGGUGUGCGGCAGAGCCGCCAACUACUCGCCCUGAAUCGCCGGUCUCCGAUCUCUAGUCGCUUUUUAUCUACCGAGACCCAAACCCCAGUCGACACAGCACAGAAGGAGGCACCUGUUGCCUCGCCAAAUCCCCUGCACGAGGUUGUCCAGGCCACUCAGAACCCCCGGAGCCUGGCGCAGAAGCAAUUCAAGAAACAGGAGCAACAACGAUCCAAAUUCAACAAACUCGGAACUGCCGUCACAGACUCUCACGACCCUGAAGGUCUCCUCAGAAAUCCACCCCGUCCCUCCGACAUUACCCUCGAGCUCCUCCUCGCCUCAGGAACACACUUGGGCCACUCGACCUCACGAUGGAACCCCCAAAACUCUCGCUACAUCUACGGUAUCCGUGAAGGCGUGCACAUCAUCUCCCUCGACGUGACAGCCGCCUACCUCCGCCGCGCCGCAAAGGUCGUCGAAGAAGUCGCCGCCCGCGGCGGCAUAAUUCUCUUCGCAGGCACGCGAAAGGGCCAGAAGCGAUCGAUCGUUCGGGCCGCCGAACUUGCCGGCGCUUAUCAUAUCUUCGAGCGGUGGAUUCCAGGAUCUCUCACGAACGGCCAGCAGAUUCUCGGCCACUGCGCGACAAAGGUUGUCAAUGCUAUGGACGAGGAAUUGCCGGAGUUCAAGGCCGAUUUGGCGGAUCGUCCGUCCGUGAAACCUGAUCUGGUUGUUUGUCUUAACCCGCUUGAAAACGUUGUCCUGCUUCACGAGUGUGGUCUGCACAAUGUUCCUACUAUUGGCAUUAUUGAUACCGAUGCCGAUCCUACCCGUGUCACCUACCCGAUUCCCGCGAACGAUGACUCCCUCCGCGGUACGAAUCUGAUUGCUGGUAUCCUGGGCCGUGCUGGUGAGGCGGGUCAGAAGAGACGUAUUGAGAUGGCCCAGGAGGGAAAGACUCUUUAUAAGCCUGUUACGGCGGGUGAGUUGCGUCUGGAUCCGUUCACGGGUGUGUUACCUGGUGCCGAGCAAACCAAGGGUCCCAAGCGCGAUUAA